CGCAUUAUUGCCGAAUCCAACCUUCGCGCAAUCUUUCCAGGAUAUUUCAAAUUUCUCAAGGUCUAAUCACUCGAAGGUCGACUAAUCAUCAUUCGACUGGCUCUGUUUUGGGUUUCAUCGAGCAUACAGCCACAACCAUGGCUCCGCAACAAGGCGAUCGUCGGUUCAAGAUCAUGGUUAUCAAUCCGAAUGUAUCUACAGAGAUGACAGACGCCUUGAAGCCUAUAUUGGAGAGCCUCAACUUUACUGAUGUCGAGUGGCACUUCUACACCUCUCCGAAGGAGGUUUACAACUACGACCCCGCCAACCCAGAAUCCCCCAUCGACAGUAUCAACGGCCCCGUGGACUCGGCCAAGACCGCAUUGGUCUGCCAAAAUACUAUCCAAUAUAUCCCGGACUUUGAUGCAUUCCUCGUUGCUUGCUAUUCUGCUCACCCUCUUGUAGGGAUUCUGCGCAAGGCAAUCGCAGAGUAUGAGUCGAAUCACAAUAACCAACGCCACCGUUACGUGACUGGAAUUUUCGAAUCCAGCGUCACAACGUCCCUCUCCUUGGUCAGCGCAUUCAAUCUUACUUCCGUUAAGUAUGCCCGUGCCCAGGUGGAAGACUCCUUUGGCAUUGUGACCACCGGCAGUGUAUGGAAGCAAGAACUCACCAACGCGGUCACGGAGAUGCUGGUUGGCGAGGGCAGAGAUGCCCCUGCUUGCUUUGCAGGAGUCGAGACAACCGGUCUUUCUGCCCUGGAGCUGCACCAUACUGAUCCCGAGGAGGUCAGACGUAGAAUUUCAGAAGCCACCACGAGGCUGCUGAAGAAUUCGUCUACCUUCGUCGCAGCAGUCUGCUUGGGCUGCGCCGGCAUGGUGGGCAUGGAACAAGCCGUAAGAGAAGGUUGCAUCGUAGCUUACGGAGAGAAUGAUGGCCUUCGAGUCCGAAUCAUUGACGGUGUCAUUGUGGGAGCUCGCCAGCUUGCCGAUCACUGUCGAUCUGGCUAUUAGGGGAUGAAGGAGCUCCGACGCUGUUGUUGGAAACAAUACGAAGACGUCACCAUCCAGCCAAGAACGGCAAAUUUGAUAUGAGGCAUGAAUUGGCAUGACAUUGAUUUCAAAAUGUAUAUACUUGGCGAAGCCAAACAACAAGGAUUGAACUGGUUUUUUUGUACGGAGUAGUUUGAAUCCAUUUGCCUGCGGG